UUUUUUUGGUAACUGGCCAACCCACCCGAUGCUGUAAUUUCUGUUUAAUUACACUAAUAGCAUAAAUGUAUUUUUAUAAUUGCUAUUUCGUUUAAAUCUAAAGAAAAUUCACCUGCCUCGUUGACUUAACCAACCAAAUUCGAGCUGUCAUUUUCCCUCCCAAAAACGGCACUGGAAUUAUUAGAAUGCUACGGUCUCAUUUCUGUAAAAAUAAUCGAUUUUCUUGUGGAUAAUUUCGUCCAAACUACUAAUGCCUAACAAAUGUGGUGUGCCUAAAUUUUUUUAAUUUUGAAAAAACCAAAAGAGAAAAAGUAACAAAAAAGGGGAGAGAUGUUCUGUUAGUACGUAUAUACAAUUGUUCUAUUUGGUGUACUGAAAAAUAACACAAAAUCUCAAACAAUCAAUUCAUUUUUUUUUUUUUUGGGGGAAAUGUUUAUACAUUGUUUGAAUCAUAAAAUAAAAAAAAUCUUCCUGUGUGGCUAGCCAAUGGCUAAAUGAUGAUGAUGGUGAUAAGUAUAGUAAGAAUGAAACAGGAAUAUCUUGGGAGCAUUAAAUUGCAGUGUUAAGAACUAACCAAAAAAUAUUCUCCCUUUUUCUACUGGAAUUGAUAAUAAUAAUUGGGAUAGCAAACAAGAAAUAUCUGCAAAUAGAGAAUCAUAAUACGUAUCUUUGGCAUUAAAUUGUCACACAUGGAAAUUUCCAUUAUAUAUAGCAAUCAUCCAUAUCAAACAAGAAACCAUCAUCACUCAAGAAUUCCAUAUACUUCUUCUUCCCUUUUUCCUUGUCUCAUAUCUCCUUUUUGUGUGUUAAGCAACAAACAGGAAAAAAAAAAUGACUCGUAAGAAGGUAAAACUUGCUUACAUAGUGAAUGAUUCAGCAAGGAAAGCCACGUUCAAGAAGAGGAAGAAAGGCCUAAUGAAGAAGGUGAGUGAAUUGAGUACUCUAUGCGGGAUCGAUGCCUGUGCCAUAAUCUACAGCCCUUAUGAUGCUCAGCCCGAGGUGUGGCCCAAUCCGGCUGGAGUCCAGCGGGUCAUUGCUCAGUUCAAGAGGAUGCCGGAAAUGGAGCAGAGCAAAAAAAUGGUUAACCAAGAGAGUUUCAUCCGGCAGAGGAUUGCUAAAGCCGGUGAACAGCUGAAGAAACUUCACAAAGAGAACCGGGAGAAACAUAUCACGGAGGUGAUGUUCCAAUGUCUGACCGGAAAAGCGGUUCAAGGAAUGCCUAUUGCUGAUCUCAAUGACGUGGGGUGGUUGCUUGAUCAGAAGCUCAAGGAGAUUCACAAGAAGAUGGAGUCCCUCAAGAGAUCUCCACCCGAUCCGCCAGUUGUGUCGCUGCCGCCGCCACCACCGUCGAUGGCUGCUCCUCCUCCCCCUCCUACUACUCCAGGGGCAGCUUCGUCAUCGAUGCAGGUGGGUAUGGAUGGUCCCCACAGGACACAAUGGUUUGGUGAUUGGAUGAAUAACCCUAAUGAUCAAAACAUGGGUUUUGGUAAUGGGGAAGAGAUGCUGAUGCAGUUUCCUGAUAACCAGAAUUCUAUGUGGAAUAGUGCUUUCUUCCCUUGAUUAAUUCAAGUUUGAACUAAGAAGGAUUUGAUUGAUCACCAUAUAUAUGUGCUUGUCGAGCACAUAUAAUUCUCUAGGUUUUAUGUUUUAAUAAUUUGUGUCGUUUCUUUUUCUUUUUUUUGUUUCUUAUGUUUUUUUUUCGUGUUAUGCCUUUAAUAUGUUGUGCUGUUUAAUCAUUGUUUGAUCUUAUAUUUGGGAGUCUGUAAGCCGUUAUUUCAUAUUGUCAUGUUAUAAUAAACUACGAGUCUUUUAUUAUCCCAAUUGAUUGAUUUAUAUGAUUUUCAG